AUGGAGGUCCUGCAGAGACAGCAGGCUGCUCGUCUGGCCCAAGGGGUGGGGCCCUUGGUUCCUCCACAUCCACCGCUGCCAUCCCGACCUCCCUUUCCUAGUCCCCAGACCCUGCAGGCUCCAGAGGGGGCCUUGGGGGAAAUUGGGGCUGAUGAAGAGGAGGAUGCUGAAGAGGAUGAGGAGGGGGAGGAAGCUGGAGCAGAGCAGGAGGCAACUGAUGAGAGUUGUCCAAGGGCCCAGGGCCCCAGCUCACCUUCCAGCCAGCCCCCUGGACCCCAUCCCCACGAGUGGACCUAUGAGGAGCAGUUCAAGCAGUUGUAUGAACUUGAUGCAGACCCCAAGAGGAAGGAAUUUCUGGAUGACCUGUUUAGCUUCAUGCAGAAGAGGGGGACACCAGUGAAUCGUGUGCCCAUCAUGGCGAAGCAGGUGCUGGACCUGUACGCGCUGUUUCGCCUGGUGACCGCUAAGGGCGGCCUGGUGGAAGUCAUCAACCGAAAAGUGUGGCGGGAGGUCACGCGGGGCCUCAGUUUGCCCACCACCAUCACCUCAGCCGCCUUCACUCUCCGCACCCAGUACAUGAAGUACCUGUACCCGUACGAGUGCGAGACGCGGGCGCUCAGCUCCCCGGGGGAACUCCAGGCCGCYAUAGACAGCAAUCGGCGCGAGGGCCGUCGCCAGGCUUACACCGCAGCUCCGCUCUUCACCUUCGCAGGGCCACCCGCUAGGGGCGCUCCCGGCCCCGCCUCUGGCCCUGGCCCAGCCCCGCCCGCGCCUCUCUCCGGCCCUGGUUCUGGACCCGCCCAGGGUUCCGCCUCUGGCCUACCAGCGCUUGCUUGCGCCCAGCUGAGUCCCAGCCCUAUUAAGAAAGAGGAGAGUGGAAUUCCAACCCCUCAUCUGCAACUACCUGUGGGCCUUGCCUUGGGACCAGCACGGGAAAAGUUGGCAACAGAGGAGCCUCCAGAGAAGAGGGCUGUGCUAAUGAGCCCUAUGGACCCACCUCGACCCAGUGCACCCCCCAGUUUCCUGCCCCGCAGCAAAGUUCCCUUGAGGGAAGAGCGGCUGGAUGGGCCCCUCAGUCUGGCAGGCAGUGGCAUCAGCAGUAUCAACAUGGCGCUAGAGAUCAACGGGGUGGUCUACACUGGUGUUCUCUUUGCUCGCCGCCAGCCUGUGCCAGCUUCCCAGGGCCCAACCAACCCUGCACCCCCACCUUCUACUGGGCACCCUUCCAGCACCUUGCCCUGA